AUGCCUCCUCAAGUUCCCGGACCAACUAAACCCAACAAGAAGUUAUACUUCUUCUACGGUCACCGCAAACCCUCCCAGAAUCGCCCAACCGUUCGUGGAGGCCUCUUUUCUAAUCGCGAAACCCUCACAAACCGUUGGAAACCCAACAAGACCCAACCCUUUGACAUUAACAAGUGGGACCCUCACUUGCUCUCCAACCCAAACCCCUCACCAUCACCAUCACCAGAAGCCUCGUUCUCAGCCUCCAUACGCCUAUCUCCGAUUGCGCGUUUCGUGCUCGACGCAUUCCGCAAAAACGACGACAAUUGGGGUCCUGACGUGGUGUCGGAGCUCAACAAACUCCGAAGGGUGACCCCCAAUGUGGUUGCGGAAGUGCUCAAAGUGCAAACCAAUUACACUAUUGCUUCCAAGUUUUUUCAUUGGGCUGGCAAGCAGAAAGGUUACAAUCACAAUUUCGCAUCCUACAAUGCCUUUGCGUAUUGUUUGAACCGCGUCAAUCAGUUCCGGGCAGCAGAUCAGCUCCCGGAACUGAUGGACUCGCAGGGCAAACCGCCGAGCGAGAAGCAGUUUGAGAUUUUGAUUAGAAUGCAUUGUGAUGCCAACCGAGGGCUUAGGGUUUAUCACGUUUAUGAUAAGAUGAGGAAUAAGUUUGGAGUGAGGCCUAGGGUGUUUUUGUACAAUAGGGUUAUGGAUGCAUUGGUUAGGACAGGGCAUUUGGAUUUGGCGUUGAAGGUUUAUGAUGAUUUCAGGGCGGAUGGGCUCGUUGAGGAGCGUGUGACUUUUAUGGUUUUGAUUAAGGGGCUGUGUAAGGCUGGGAGGGUUGAUGGGAUGUUGGAGGUUUUGGGGCGGAUGAGGGAAAAAUUGUGUAAGCCGGAUGUGUUUGCAUACACUGCUUUGGUUCGGAUUAUGGUUCCAGAGGGGGAUUUGGAUGGGUGUUUGAGGGUUUGGGAGGAGAUGAAGAGGGAUGAGGUGGAGCCAGAUGUCAUGGCUUAUGCUACCCUGAUCACGGGUCUGUCUAGAGGGGGGAGGGUUGAGGAGGGGUAUCAGUUGUUCAAGGAAAUGAAGAGUAAAGGUUGUUUGAUUGAUAGAGCGAUAUAUGGAUCGCUGAUUGAGUCAUUUGUGGGAGGGAAUAAGGUUGACUUGGCUUUUGAUUUGUUGAAGGAUUUGGUGAGCUCAGGGUAUAGGGCUGAUUUGGGGAUCUACAAUUCCCUUAUUGAAGGUUUGUGCAAUUUGAAGCGGGUUGAGAGGGCUUACAAGCUUUUCCAAGUUGCUGUUCGGGAGGGUCUUGAGCCGGACUUUGUAACCAUUAAACCAUUAUUGGUGUCUUAUGCUGAAGAAAAUAGAUUGCAAGAAUUUUGUGAGUUGGUCAAGCAGAUGAAGAAAUUGGGUUUUUCGGUUAUUGAGGAUCUCUCCAAAUUUUUCUCCCUCUUGGUGGAGAAGAAGGGACCGAAGAUGGCAUUAGAGGCAUUUACUCACUUGAAAGCAAAAGGUUACGUUAGUGUUGAGAUAUACAAUAUUCUUAUGGAUUCUUUUCACAAGAUUGGUGAGAUGAAGAAAGCAUUAUCACUAUUUGAUGAAUUAAAAAGCUCAAACUUGAAACCUGACUCAUUUACAUAUAGUGUUGCGAUUCUAUGCCUUGUUGAUCUUGGUGAAAUUCAAGAGGCAUGUGGUUGUCACAAUAACAUCGUUGAGAUGUCAAGCAUCCCUUCUGUUGCUGCUUAUAGAUGCCUUGCUAAAGGUCUUUGCAAAAUUGGAGAGAUUGAUGAAGCCAUGAUGCUUGUCCGCGAUUGCUUAGGCAAUGUUACUAGUGGACCAAUGGAAUUUAAGUAUAGUCUUACCGUUAUUCAUGCAUGUAAAUCAAAUGAUGCUGAAAAGGUGAUUGAUGUAUUAAAUGAGAUGAUUGAACAAGGUUUCCCUCCAGAUAAUGUCAUAUAUUCUGCUAUCAUCUCUGGCAUGUGUAAGCAUGGAACAAUUGAAGAGGCCAGGAAGGUUUUCUCAAACAUGAGGGAGCGCAAUUUCUUAACAGAAUCAGACACAAUUGUGUAUGACGAAUUACUAAUUGAUCAUAUGAAGAAAAAAACAGCAGACUUGGUGCUAUCAGGUUUAAAGUUCUUUGGUCUAGAAUCUAAAUUAAAAUCAAAGGGUUGUAAGCUGUUGCCAAGUUGAAGACAAUUGUGGAGACUGUUCUCAUUUUUGUUCAACAUGUUGAAUGAUAUAUUACCGAGAAUUAGGCAUGUGUUGCCAGAUAUUGUUGCAUAUCCUAUAACAACGGACUGUUGCAUGAUGGAGGUCCUAAGUUCUGAGUUUUCAUAGAUUGCAUCCUUUAACAAACCAAGUCACUCAAGAAAGGUCAUUUGACAU